AUGGGUGAAGGUGCUAAAGCAAAAGCAAAAUUUAUUUGUUAUUAUCUUCUUAAUACUGGUGAAAUUUGUGGCAGGCGUAGUACUAGACCUGAAGGUUGUCGAUCACACUUUAAAGCUAAGUUGCGCCAGUCGUGCUCUGCUUGUGGUAGACCUACAAAGAUAAAUAAACCUACAGGGAUUGAUAAUGGCCUAUGUAGCUAUUGCAAUAAGAGCAAAUAUCAGAUCCGGCAUGUGAAUAUGCUUCGGGAUAAGGCCCAGAUGUUCGAUCAAUAUAGUGAAGAGAGGUUAGACUUAGUCGUGAACAUAUCUUGUUUACAUGUUCCGCCUGCCCUAAAGCUUUGUGACAUGGAAAUGGCUUCGGAAUUGUUUCCUGUAUAUCGAGAAAAUAAUGAAUGGUUUUCAGCAUAUCAAGAAAUUAAUGGUAUACUAGAAUAUGCUCAAUACUUUUUUAAUCAAGAAUUUGGAUACCUGAACAGGAUAAAUCUAACCUCUACGAGGUCGAACCCCGAACAAGCUCGGACACUUCAGUCCUCGGUGUUCAGGGUUCUCCUGAGGGGCAAGCAAUAUGGCAUACUUUUUUCGUUAUAUUAUUUGGGAUUAAAAAAAGGCCAGCGCGUUAACAAAGAUGGUAUUCUCCUUUAUCUUGAAAACAAAAAAUUUGGUGUGCCUGGGCAAUUACAAGUUAGUGAAGAAAAAUUAAAAACACAAAAGGAUUAG